AUGAAGUAUCGGAAUAAAGAUCCACGCGAUAGUACUUUCCGGUCACUUAUGGAACCACAAUAUGCUGCAUUUACCAUCAACCAGCCAAGUGGCCGAGCAGUAACUCAGCCAUCGCAUCUUCCUUGGUCUAGUGGUGAUGAUUUCCGCUUGUCAUUAAUACCGAUAAGCGCGGGAGACCGGGGUUCGAUUCCCCGAGGGAGAGAUUUAUUUUUUGCACUCGCCGGCUGGCCCAAUGGCAAGGCGCUUGACUACGAAUCAAGAGAUUGCAGGUUCGAUCCCUGCGUCGGUCACUUCUUUUUGCUUCCUGGCUUUCUUUUUGCUCCAUUGUUGGAGAUGAGGUUAAAGUGGUGGUGGUUGUUGGGUGGUAGUAGGGUGGUGGUGUGGCGACUUUAG